CUCACACAACAACACAACACAACUUCUAGUCUACUCUUUCACUCCCAUUUCUUUAAUAUAUAUCCAUUUUCUCAAAUUUUGGAUCCAUUUUCUAAUUCUAUUAUAAAUUACAUCAAUAGUAGUUUAAUAUGAUAUGCUGCUUUCAGAUCAAACCAUCCAAACCAUUUAAGAAUUAAUUAACUUUAUUUACCAAAUUAGUCAUAAAUAAAUCUAAAAAAAAAGCCAUAAAUAAAUCAAAGGAUUCACUUUUUUCCCCCUUUUUCUGUUACUAUUUCUUAACAAUCAUAUGAUAUUAUCUCAAAAAAAAAAAAAAAAAAAAACAAUCAUAUGAUAUUACAGUCUGACAAUUCCAUAAUUCAACUCUGUUGGUCAAUCUAUUACUAUCUUCCCUUUUCCUUUAUUUUAGUUUUCUAAUAAUAAUAAUAAUAAUUAAUUAAUUAAUUAAAAAUUAGAUUUGGAAUGUGAUGGUAAUUUAUUUUUAAUUUGACUAAUCAAAAGACCAAUUGAAUUGGGUUUGUGUUCCUCUGUUUCUGAUUCAGAAAAAACAUUCAACAUAGCCCUAGGUCUCAUCCAUCCCUAAAAAUGGAGGCUUCUCUUCUUUCCGGCGGAUUCACAGCACCCUGCAACUUUCCAACUCAACAAAAUCAACAUUCCCUCUUGCCCUCCCUCUCAUUCGUGGGCUUCCCAUCUCGAUCCUUCUUUGCACUAUUGGAAAAUGCAGCUAAAAAUGGAGCUUUAAGGGUGAAGGGCAGUAAGAAGGGGAUUCAAGCUGUGCUUGGACAACGACAAUUAGAUGAAGAAGAUGAAGAACAAGAGAAUGAUUCGUAUGCAAAUGCACUAACUUGCGUAAUGAAGUUUGGUGGGUCGUCAGUAGCUUCAGCUGAGAGAAUUAAGGAGAUAGCUCAACUCAUUCUCAGUUUUCCAGAAGAAAACCCCAUUAUUGUUCUCUCAGCUAUGGGGAAAACCACCAAUAAUCUCCUUCUUGCUGGGGAGAAGGCAGUUGGUUGUGGUGUUUCAAAUGCAUCAGAAAUCAAAGAGUUGAGCUUCAUAAAAGAGCUGCAUCACAGGACUGUUGAUGAGCUUGGAGUAGAUCGCUCUGUUAUCUCUGAACAUUUGGAAGAACUGGAGCAACUUCUGAAAGGAAUAGCUAUGAUGAAAGAGUUAACUCUUCGCACCAGAGAUUAUUUAGUUUCUUUUGGUGAAUGCAUGUCCACAAGAAUAUUUGCAGCUUAUCUCAAUAAGAUUGGUGUAAAAGCUCGCCAAUAUGAUGCAUUUGACAUUGGUUUCAUAACUACAGACGACUUCACAAAUGCAGAUAUAUUAGAAGCAACUUACCCUGCUGUGGCUAAAAGGUUACAUGAUGAUUGGAUUGCUGAUCCUGCAAUUCCAGUUGUUACUGGCUUCCUUGGAAAGGGUUGGAAAUCUUGUGCAGUUACUACCUUGGGUAGGGGCGGUAGCGAUUUGUCAGCCACUACUAUUGGUAAAGCUCUUGGCUUAAGAGAAAUUCAGGUGUGGAAGGAUGUUGAUGGUGUUUUGACCUGCGAUCCGAGCAUUUAUCCUAGUGCAAAGCCUGUGCCUGUUUUGACUUUUGAUGAAGCUGCUGAACUUGCAUACUUUGGUGCUCAGGUUUUACAUCCCCAAUCAAUGAGACCAGCUAGAGAAGGUGAUAUUCCUGUUAGGGUCAAAAAUUCGUACAAUCCAAAAGCUCCUGGCACGCUCAUCACUAAAACCAGAGAUAUGACAGAGGCUGUUCUAACCAGCAUAGUUUUGAAACGUAAUGUUACGAUGCUCGAUAUUGUGAGUACACGCAUGCUUGGUCAAGUUGGGUUCCUUGCAAAGGUUUUCUCAAUCUUCGAGGAUUUGGGCAUUUCCGUAGAUGUUGUUGCUACUAGUGAAGUUAGUUUAUCUUUGACAUUGGAUCCUGCAAAGCUCUGGAGCAGAGAUCUAAUCCAGCAGGAACUUGACAAUGUAGAGGAAGAGCUUGAGAAAAUUGCACGCGUGAAACUUUUGCAGCAUAGAUCAAUCAUCUCUCUUAUCGGGAAUGUUCAGCGUUCUUCAUUGAUUCUUGAGAAGGCAUUUCAUGUUCUUAGGACACAUGAUAUCAAUGUUCAAAUGAUCUCACAAGGGGCAUCCAAGGUGAACAUAUCAUUGAUUGUAAAUGAUAGUGAAGCUGAAAGAUGUAUUGAGGCCCUUCACCAGACCUUCUUUGAGAGUGGUAAAGUAACAGAAGAGAAUGGGUCCUUGGCAGAUGACCUUUGUGACGUGUUGGUCAACUAAUACCAAUACUAAUAUUAAAUACCCUUCUUCUUUAUGUUAAGGUUUAUCAUUCAUUCCGAUCCAAGUUGAAACAUUGCAAAAAGUUAUUGGUUGUGCUGUUGGCCUCUUGUAAUAGACAGUGUAACCAUGACAGAUAUAAAUUUAAUAUGCAUAUUACACUUUACUCUAAUGCUAGUAUUUUAACAUAAUAAUAAAAUUUGAUUUAAUAUAACCAAAUUUAAAAAUUAAAUUAUUGUAUA